AUGGGUUUCGUCGGCAAAAUUGACGAGAAGACUGGCACUGAUCAUGUCGAGCAUGUUAACCCGCACCAAACCUCGCUCGAUGAUCUCGACACCAUAGAACAGACUGAAACCGGCAAGUUUGCGUGGCUGGUUUCCAUCACAGCAGCUAUUGGUGGCAUGCUUUUCGGAUACGAUACCGGUAUCAUCAGGUCAGUGAGUGACACAAGGAAGAAUAUCCCGCUCCCUACUCACGUUAUCAUANGCGCCGUCCUAGUAUACAUUGGGACAUCUCUUGAUCACAAAGUCUUGACUUCAGGCGAANAAGAGCUUAUCACCUCCAUCACAUCGGGUGCAGCUUUCUUUGGUGCCAUAUUCGCUGGCCUCACGGCUGACAAGUAUGGGCGCAAGCCAGCUAUCUACGUUGGGUGCGUUCUGUUCAUCAUCGGAGCAGUCUUACAGGCUGCAUCAUUCGGAAUCGCCCAAAUGACAGUGGGCCGCCUCGUUGUAGGAUUUGGUGUCGGAAGUGCAGCUAUGAUCGGUACGUCAAGCCCUCUUUGCCUGGGAUUAUAUCAUCUAAUCAUAGAGCAGNUGCCAAUGUAUAUCGCCGAGGUAUCACCAGCCAAGUACAGAGGCCGCAUGAUUGGAUUGGACAAUAUGUCGAUAACUGGUGGUCAGCUCAUCUCGUAUGGUAUCGGUGCUGCUUUCGCUAGCACGCGCGGAGGUUGGCGAUACAUGGUUGGAGGCGGCGCGAUCCCUGCCGUCGUACUUUGUGCUCUUCUGCCUUUCUGUCCCGAAUCACCUCGCCAGCUCAUCUAUCACGGCAAAGAAGAUGAGGCAAAGGAUGUGAUCCGCAAGAUCUACCCGAACGGUACCGAAGAACAGGUCAACCAGAAAUGCGAACACAUCAAGAUACACAUCGAGAUUUCUAAGCAGAUGACUGCAGGUAAGAGUCAAUGGUGGGUCUUCAAGCAACUCUACGUCGUCCCGGCGAACUUCCGCGCUCUGCUCUCGGCAUGCGGUCUCAUGGCCAUCUCUCAGCUUGGUGGAUUCAACUCAUUGAUGUAUUAUUCUUCGACGCUUUUUGCACUUGUUGGCUUCUCCAACCCAGUAGCUGUGGGUACCGUCAUCGCUGGAACCAACUUCUUCUUUACCUGGGUCAAUCUUAUGCUUGUCGAUCGUGUUGGACGUCGCAGAAUCCUACUCCUCACCAUGCCGUUCAUGGGUCUGGCUUUGGUCCUUGCCGCCAUCGCGUUCCACUGGAUUCCAGUCAACCACGAUUUGACCCUCAAAGCUGGUGUCAGUGUUGGCGUUCCGGCGAAGUUGGUUCUUGUCUGCAUGGUCAUCUAUGUCGGCUUUUAUUCCUCCGGCAUGGGAAACACUGCAUGGCUCAGCUCAGAAUUCUUUCCCAUGGAGAUUCGGGCGAUGGGAACCAUGAUGUUGACCAUGACGUGCUGGGGCUCCAACGUCAUUGUGGCCAGUACGUUCCUUACCCAGAUGGAGAAUACCACGCCUUCCGGUGCCUUCGGAUUCUACGCCGCGAUCUGUAUUCUGGGCUGCUUCCCGUGCGUCUACUUUUGCUACCCCGAAGUCAAAGGCAUGACUCUCGAGGACAUCAGAGAGAUCUUUUCUCAUGGAUUCGGCGUUCAGAAGGCGCGAGAGCUUCAAAAGGCACAGAAGCAAGGUUUCAACUAUGGAACAGAGCCGGACGAGUCAGUUUAG